ACUGUCAUUUACAGUGGAUAUGGGGACGGUAGAUAAUCGCCAAAUAUUAGGAGAUAUGUUUAGCUAACUACAAAUUAAGUUUUUCAAACAACAUAUAUUUAAAGUUCUCGACAAUCAUGCCCAAAGAAUACUUGUUUUAGUGUUCUUCAGGUAAGUUAUUGCAGUAGAAUUCGCCUUUUCAAGAUGCAAGAUAACUGCGAGAUUGCUGCAAAAUGAGCUCGAGCAGCAUACGAGCUAAAAUUAAAGGAAGUUAAUCCUGUGUUUUCCAGAAGCGGAUAUCUUGGCGAUUUUUUUCCUGAAAGUGAUACGAAGCAGCAGAAUGUCAGUUCCCAACAACUCGCUUCAACAACAGUCCACAGUCAGACGUAGCAAUGCAGGGUCCCCCAGUUUUUCCAACAGCUGCCGUUUGCACCCCAUCCGUGCUACGGUGCCCUACCAGCUCAUACGCGGGGGCCAGAGCAGCCCGACACGCUCUCUGCCUCUCUCUGUUGGAGGCAACAAUGGACAGACAAAUAGCCGCGGGUCAUCUCCCGGGUCAUCUCCCCCAAGCGCGAAUCUGAGUCUUGGAGUAAAUUGCACUGGCGCCACGAGACAGAGACUGUCUCCUGAAAAUAGGGUCUCGCACUCACCUGACCGGGGUCCAAACUCACCCGUUUGUAGAGGAGAGAGGUCCAAACUGCAGGUGCGUAGCUCCAGUGCUAUCCGUCGGACAUCUUCCCUGGAUGCCAUUAUGGGCCCGUACCUCACAGGCCAGUGGCCUCGGGACUCCCACGGACCCUACCCUUCCUGCAUGAAAGACAAAGCCACACAGACUCCUGGUCUGUGGAUAGAGGAGGGAGGAGGGGAGCAGGGAAGCCCACACCAGCGGUCAGCCUCCUGGGGUAGUGCAGACCAUCUGAAAGAGCAGAUUGCUAAACUCAGGCUGCAGCUCCAGCGCAGUAAACAGGUCAGCCGCCAGAGCAAAGACAGAGAUCAGCAGCUGGGACUACACACCAGCUCGACAGGCCAUCCCCAGAAUAAGGUGGUUUCCAAAGCCCUGUCGAACAUCCCAGUGCCAAAGUCCCUCAUAUCGAGAGUGCCUAGCAGCGUGGAGGGCAUCAACCACGAGCUGGAGAAUGUGUUCAUCAGAGAGGACUGGAAGCAGGGAAUACAGGAUUUGGACGUGUUGGACGGCCGCCGCGCUCCGUUUCAGCCACAUCGCUACGGCAAUGGCGGUGACACACGUGACACGGACACCCAGGCCCCCUCUAGUGGCAGUUCCAGCCCCUGGCCCUUCACCCCUGACCCCCUCAACUCCCCAGAAGGCAGUCCCUGCUCUACAGAAGAGCUUGACAAAGACAGUGGCUGCAGCUCUCCCCUUCCCAAGUUUGCCACCUCUCCCAAACCCAACAACAGCUACAUGUUCAAACGGGAGCCUCCGGAGGGGUGUGAGAGGGUCAAAGUGUUUGAAGAGAUGGUGUCUGGUGUCUCCAAAGGCUUCCCUCUUUUUUCAUGCCCAGACAAAAACAAGGUGAACUUCAUCCCCAGGGGCUCCGCCUUCUGUCCCGUCAAACUCCUCUGCUCCUCCCACUUCACCACAACCUCGUCCAGCCCUGGUCUCCAUGGAAAAGGCAGCACAUGGCCCGACGACGCCAUGACACCCAGUAGUUCCACUACUCUGGCCUCCACUAACUGGAGCUCGUCUAUAGCGACAGACAUGGUCAGUAGCUCAGACACAGGCGUAGGCAUUGACACAAGCACAGGUAACAGCACAGACAGUCUGAGCCCAGAUACAGGCCCUAACACAGACGAACCGACAAGCACAGCUGUUGUCCCAGACGGCCUGUCUACAGAUCCCUGCUCCACUACACACAUCCUUCUUACCAGCUAGUUCUCAGGUACAGUCCAGCUACUGAGCAUUAGCCUGGUCCCAGAUCAGUUUGAGCUAUCUUGCUAACUCCUAGGGUCGCAAUGGCCAUAGGAGGUGGCAAAACAGCACAACAGUUCUGGGACCAGGCUAGCUGAGAAUGCCUCUAGCUGAGUAUAGCUCUUUAAUACAACAUUAGCCAGCAAGGAGGGCAUAUCCUUACUAACCUAGCCUUCUCUUCUGAAAGGUGUGGCAGGCAAUAUCUUCCAGAAAGACUUGUUUUCUAUUCCAAGGGUAGAUUCAAUUGUUUCAUAUAUUGUGUUCUGUAGCAAUCAGCUUUAUCAAAAUCUAUUCAAGAAGUUGAGAAAAAAAUAAGGGAAUUAAGAGCAAUGGGCAAGAGAAAAACAUGUAUUUUAUUGAAUUUUGAAAAUGUUUAUCUAACCAGCUUAUUUAGCUGUUCUGUGUUACUAGCCAAUAUUACAGCAUGGAUAAGCUUUUUAAUAUAAAAUAAAAUAUCAUGUCUGUUUAUAUUGAAAACCCUAUUGGGAUGUCCUACAGUUAUAAUACAAUGCUCCACCUUUCCCUGAAUGUUUACAUUUAUUUCAGGUUUGAAUCCAGUUUAUGUAAACGCAUGACAAAAAUCUGAAGACGAUCUGAAAGCGACCAAACAGCCAGCUACAAAGCACAGUGUCCCCACAUAGCCUUGUUUCAGGUCCCCUGAAUAGCCAAUGAACUCAGGUCAUUUGGAAUGUACUACUACUCAAGCAUGAACUUUGACGUUGCUUUUUAUGGUUCAUUCAUGACAUUACUCCAAAGACAUUCCAUAGUCUUUAUACAAGUGCUGAUUCUAAUCUUUCAACACAACAUAUUAAAGGUUUGCCAUCGAUAGAAAGGAGAACUUGGUGCACGGGAAUCUGUCAAGUGCUUAAGAGACAUUCCAGAGGUUAUUAUAUUGUAGCUCCAAGAUAUCAGCAGUAUUGUCUUUCACAGCCUGUUCAACCUCCCUAGUGAAUGAAAUUGAUUAAAUAUGAGCUAUGACGUUUAACCAAUAAAAUUGAUCAAAAUAAGGCCUAGAUUCAAUCGGAUUAAGUGUUAACCAGCGGUGCUUUGAGUUUUGCCGGUGUCAGUUGUUACUGCGUUGAAGUUGUCAAAUCAGUGAACAGCUGCUUCUGUGAUCAUUGCCACACCUGUCCCUCUGGCGUUAGAAGUUCAGAAAGAGAAAGUGUAGAAAUAAUGACGCUCUAAUUGAAAAUCAUUCAAUAAAAUAAUGAGGAAUUCUAUCAGCCUAAUCGAGGUAUAGAUUACAUCUCAAAUUCCAGUGUUCGAACUUGUAAACAAGGCUACAUGGGAUUUACAUUUACAUUACAUUUAAGUCAUUUAGCAGACGCUCUUAUCCAGAGCGACUUACAAAUUGGUGCAUUCACCUUAUGACAUCCAGUGGAACAGUCACUUUACAAUAGUGCAUCUAAAUCUUAAAGGGGGGGGUGAGAGGGAAUACUUAUCCUAUCCUAGGUAUUCCUUAAAGAGGUGGGGUUUCAGGUGUCUCCGGAAGGUGGUGAUUUCUCGUAAUGCUUCUCCAAGAAGCCAAUGGCAAUGUCCACUUCAGGUAUAAUGCCACUGCGGGUGUUGGCCAGUGCGCGUCUGAUAGAAUCUAGCCCAAAACAAGAAAUUAGCAAGAAACCAAAGCCGAAAGUUACUUUUUUUUAUACGAAAUAGAUAAGCAAUCAACAAACACUAAUAAUUCUGUCAUAUUCAGAAUUAACAUUGAGGCACUUAAUUCCAGGCGUGAUAAUAAUCACUAUAUAAUAUUACACAGUACUAUAUAAAAUGUAAAGCAAAUCAACUGAGUAUCCUAGUGUUUGAUUUGACGUUCAAUAUGGAGUCAAAUGUUUCUUGAAACUGUACAAGGACUGCAUUCAAUCCUUGUCGCGGAUGUACCGCGGGAAUUAUUGCCUUUAAAUUUAAGUCGAGCUAUAAUGUGGACCUCCCCGGAUACUUCUACGAUACGGAUUGAAUCCAUUCCCUAAUUGUAUUAUGUAUCUUCAGUACAUUACGUUAAAACCCCUUGGCAAUAAUAUCAAAAAAUGAUCCCAGUAUUUGAAGUAAAAACAGACAACCAUUUGCAAAACGAACACAAACAUAUGCAACACAAUCCUCCCAAACCUAGAUGUAUAUUUUGUCGGUAAAGAUGACCGCUGCUCGGUGACUAGUUUGAAAUUAUACUAACAUUUUCAAAGUUCAGCAAGGCUUGCCAUGUUCGGCACUAAUAUUUCAUGCCUGUGUUUCAUGUUUUAUAUGUAGACCUUGUGUUUUUACAAUAAAGUAA